CAAUAUCUCAUCUCUUUAUAUAGAUAUGUAAAUCUGAUGAACUAUUACCAACUGAGGUUUCUUUUAUAACUAUAAUUGUGUGCAAUUUGACUUUUUUGGCACCGGCAAUGACAAGGGCAACGGCCGAUUGUCCGGGGGAAGGAUUAGUCCCGGACACAUUCUGCGUGAAAGGAGUCCGUCGGUUCUUAACGGUCCGGGCGGCCGCCGCCAGAAGGUCGAUGGCGGCUCCGGAGAAGAGCGAGGCGGCCGCUCCUCCUCCGCGACUCUUCAACGACUGCUGGGGCUGCCGGCUGGUGUGCGGCGGCGGCCUGAUCGGGGCAGGUGGUUACGUGUAUGCCUCGGCCCGCAAGGUGAUGCAGAAAGGAGGGCCGACCGGGAUGGGCACCGUGGGCCAGAUCGUCUUCGCCCUGGGCUUACUAUCCUUGGGUCUGGUAGUCAUGGUUGAUCCUGUCAAUAAAUCUCACCCAAAGUACUGAGAACCAUCCAGACCACAAAACAGCAGAAGAAAGCAGUCCCAUCCAAGUGACUCCUGACUGACCUUGUUUCAGCACCAAGGGAAAAGUCCAAAGACUUCAGUGGAAACUUUCUCCUGGGCGAAAACCAAAUCUUUCACACAGUGGAAGGAACUUAUUCUCCACCAGAUUCUAAAGGCUUGAGGUGUCCAGAUAGGGCAGGAGGAAUAUGCACUGAAUUGUGUGUGUUCAUGUUAAUCAGAGUUUCUGUACAUGUUCAACAUUGUAAACAGGUCAUGUAGCUUGCUCAAAGAAAUUAAACAUCACAGUGACUUGUUGGAAAUUAGCUGGUACAAUAAAUAUAUUCUAUCCCUGAA